AUGGAGCGCUCGGAGAGGCGCGCGAGCUCCGCGGGCGCGCCCCGCGGCCGCCCCGCGGCGAAGGUGCUGUUCCGCGGGCCCGUGGGGCCGAUCGUCUUCCUUGCCAACUUCGCCUUGGUCCUGCAGGGCCCGCUCACCACGCAGUACCUGUGGCACCGCUUCAGUGCCGACCUCGGCUACAAUGGCACCCACGACAGGGGCGGCUGUGGCAACCACAGCGCGAACCCCAUCUUGCAGGAAGUGGAGAGCCUCACCUCUCACUGGACCCUCUACAUGAACCUGGGCGGCUUCCUGCUGGGGCUCUUCUCGUCCACCCUGCUGGGAGCGUGGAGCGACUGUGUGGGCCGUCGUCCCCUGCUGGUGCUGGCCUCGCUGGGCCUGCUGCUCCAGGCGCUGGUGUCCAUCCUCGUGGUGCUGCUGCAGCUGCAUGUCGGCUACUUGGUGCUGGGCCGCAUCCUUUGCGCAUUCUUCGGCGACUUCAGUGGCCUCCUGGCUGCUAGCUUUGCCUCGGUGGCAGAUGUCAGCUCUCACCGCAAUCGGACCACCCGAAUGGCCCUGCUAGAAGCAUCCAUCGGGGUGGCAGGGAUGCUGGCGAGCUUCCUUGGGGGCCACUGGCUCCAGGCCCAGGGUUAUGCCAACCCCUUCUGGCUGGCCUUGGGCGUGCUGGUAUUCAUGACUUUCUAUGCCGCUUUCUGCUUUGGUGAGACUGUGAUGGAGCCCACGCCAGCCCGGCUCUUCACGUUGCGUCACCACCGGUCCAUUGUCCAGCUCUACACCGCUUGGGCCCCGGACAAGUCCAGGAAGCAUUUGGCCCUGUACUCGCUGGUCAUCUUUGUGGUGAUCACUGUGCACUUUGGGGCCCAGGACAUCCUGACCAUCUAUGAGCUGAGCGCACCCCUCUGCUGGGACUCCAAGCUGAUUGGCUACGGUUCUGCAGCGAGACACCUCCCGUAUUUCACCAGCCUGCUGGGCCUGUGGCUUAUGCGGUUCUGCCUGACAGACACCUGGGUGGCUGAGAUUGGCUUGGCCUUUAACAUCCUGGGGAUGGUGGUCUUUGCGUUCGCUACCAGCACACUCCUUAUGUUCACAGGGUACGGGCUCCUCUUCCUGUCUCUAGUCAUUACACCCAUUGUCCGGGCCAAGCUCUCCAAGCUGGUGAGCAAGACAGAGCAGGGUGCUCUCUUUUCUGCCGUGGCCUGUGUGAAUGGCCUGGCCAUGCUGAUGGCCUCCAGCAUCUUCAACUCGCUCUACCCAGCCACCCUGAACUUCAUGAAGGGGUUUCCCUUCCUCCUGGGAGCUGGCCUCCUCUUCGUCCCUGCCAUUCUGAUUGGGAUUCUUGGAAAGACUGAGCCUCACUCUGAAUUCCAGCAGUUUUCCCAGAGCCCCUGA